AUCCACUUCGUUGGUCUCUCCGUCUCUUGCUCUCUCUGCGACUCUCUGCUCUUUGGUGGGAAAGGGUCCUGGUCACUCUCAACUCUCAACUGCUGCUGGUCUCUGGCCUGCGGAACUCGACCCUCUUGAACGUCCUCCCCAUUACCCGCCUUUCACCUCGAUCGCCUUCAUGAUCUCCAAUCUAUUCAACCAUCCCAUUGACUCGAGUCUUCCGUUAUUCAUAUCUAUCACUUUCUCCUCCCCCUUCUCCUCUCAUAUCUCUCCCCAUCGUUCCCAUCCCUACCUCCCCGAGGACAAAGAUAACUUUGCACACUCGGGCGCUCAUCCGCCUUUGACCACUCCGAGGAGAGAAGUCGAAUAGUCCUUCUACUAGGGAAGUCUUGCCUCUUGAUACUCCGCUGUCCAGUCACCCGGCCCCUUCGCCCUCGAUCGGCUAGCUGGGCAUAUAUGGCAGACUACGGCGCUCAACAGGGUCGGGAGUACGGUCGCCAAUAUGGCCAUCCGGCCAACGUGGAGCGGGAUGCCGCCUUCAACCAUAUCUUCGGUGGUGGGCGAUCACAAACAAUGACUUCCCAGCCGCCCCCUCAGCCACGAGCGCAGUCCAUGGCUUCCGAACCUCGCUCGCCGCCGCCGCCGCCGCCAGAUAUGAUGCCCAGAGCACCACCUGUAAGACCGGGUCAACAUCCGGGUCACCAUCCGGGCAGUUAUGCUCCGCGUCCGACCAGCGCACAACGCCCACCCAGCGGACCGUAUGAGAGACCGUUCGAUGGACCGAUGCCUCCCAUGGCUCAUCGACAGCCAAAUCCGCAGCAUCUUCCCCCUCCUCUGCGCCCCGACCGACGGCCCUAUGGAGCGCCUCAACGCAUGGAACCACCUAGGCCAGGGGUUGGACCAUACCCUUCGAUGAACAGGCCGAUACCAAAUCGAUAUCCUAGUGGACCGCCUCCCGCCAUGAACUCCGAUGGUUAUAGAUCGCAAUCGCUCGCGUCUCAGCCCCGUCCAAAUUUCCCCGGCCCUGGCCAGCAACCACCAGGUCCAAACCCGUACCACAUCGCUCCCGCCCAUACCUUCCGCCAGCAGCCAUACUUGAACCACCAGGCCCGAACGACUGCACAAGGCCGAGUCGUGCCGGAACGGCCGGAUGAGAGGAGCAUGACCAUGGCAUCGUACAUUCCCGCCGGAGAGUCUCGGCAGACAAUGAGCGGCAGAGUAAUUCCAGACAGGCGGAGAGAAUCCCCGCAAGGAGACUCAUUUCCCGAAGAGGGAGUGCCGCCCAGAAGCUAUGCCCCGUCCGGUGCGCCUGUAACACAUCAGACAAAACCCCGCAGUACAAGUCAUGGAAGCGACAUGCAACCCCGAACCAUGUCAAUGGCCUCCACCAUCGUUCAGCCCGACCGCACCAGUUCUCUUUCACAUCGCUCCUCCUCAUCCACCGCGAUUUCUCCGACCGACCGCACCAGCUCCAUGAGUGGCAGAACGGCCACGAUGAAAUCCACAUCCGGACCGACGCAAAUGGUUUCUUCAAGAAAAUCGCCGCUGGUUUACCCGGCGAUGCUCUCCAAGGUCGGCGCUGGGUUCCGGGAAAACAUCGCGCUUGGAGAAAAGUCAAAGGAUGGGUUGGAGUACAAAAAUGCGUUUACCGGCGCGGAAGCGGUGGAUCUCAUUGCCUACAUCAUCAAGACCCAGGAUCGAAACCUGGCGCUUCUGCUCGGUCGCUCCCUCGACGCGCAGAAGUUUUUCCACGAUGUCACCUACGCCCACCGACUCCGAGACUCGUCGAACGAGGUCUAUCAGUUCCAUGAGACGUUAAUGGAGGGUGAAACCGAGGUCAACGGUGUCUUCACGCUCAUGGCCGACUGCUACUCCCCGACGUGUACUCCAUAUCAGCUCUGCUACUCCAUCGCAUGCCCGAGAAGGCUGGAACAACAAGCUCGAUUGAACUUGAAGCCGCAGCAUGUACUCAAGCGACAGGAUUCGCGGUCCAGUCUUCACGACCAGGAUAAUAACGAGCAAAAACUCUGGAUCAACACCGUUUCGAAGGAGGUGGCCGACAGCAUUGGAGACCAGGAGAAGAAACGACAGGAGGUUCUGUCCGAGCUGAUGUAUACCGAGCGCGACUUCGUGAAAGAUCUGGAGUAUUUGCGGGAUUUCUGGAUGAAACCCCUCCGGUCCCACAUGGGCUCUCCCAUUCCCGAUCACCGGCGGGAGAAAUUCGUGCGCAUUGUAUUUUCCAACUGCCAAGAGGUGUACAUGGUCAACUCUCGCAUGGCGGAGUCUUUGACACGGCGACAACAGCAGAAUCCCGUGGUCCACAACGUCGGCGACAUCUUCCUGGAAUACGUGCCACGGUUUACUCCGUUCAUCAAGUAUGGUGCCAAUCAAUUGUUUGGGAAAUACGAAUUCGAAAACGAGAAACGGACGAAUCCUCAGUUCGCCAAAUUUGUUGAACAGACGGAGCGGAUGAAGGAGUCUCGUAAACUGGAGCUAAACGGAUAUCUCACGAAGCCGACGACACGAUUGGCGCGCUACCCGCUUCUCUUGGAGGGCAUCUUGAAGUACACCGCGGACGAUAAUCCCGACAAGGAGGAUCUUCCGAAAGCGAUUGUGAUGAUCAAACAAUUCUUAAGUCAAGUCAAUGUCGAAUCGGGCAAGGCUGAGAACCACUUUAACCUGCAGCAGUUGAACCGCGAACUGAAGUUCCGGCCUGGUGAGUACGUUGACCUGAAGCUGACCGACGAGGCACGCCAGCUUCUCUUCAAGGGCAUGCUAAAGAAAACUCCGGCCGAGAGCAAUAGCGACAUGGAAGCCUUCCUCUUCGACCAUGCGUUCCUUCUAGUCCGACACAAAAUGGUGAACAAGAAGGAAGAGCUCAAAAUGUACCGAAAGCCUAUCCCGCUGGAACUCCUUCACAUUCCCCAGAUGGACGACAUUAUCCCGAAGCCAGGCCUGGGCAAGCGGACCCCCUCGGGAAUGAUGACCAAUGGUCGGACGAAUACGAUGACAGGUAAAACGGAAGCGGGGAAAGCGCAAGCGUGGCCGAUUACCUUCAAGCAUCUCGGAAAAGAUGGAUAUGAACAGACGUUGUUCUGCUCAUCGUCCAUCCAGCAGCAGAAAUGGAUCGAGCACAUCGACAAGCAACAACGCCUUCUCCGCGAGAAGUCGAAGGUCUUCACCAAGACUAUUCUCAAUGAAGGAUACUUCAACUCGUACUCACGCGUCUCCUGUUGCGUGCCAUUCGACGGCGGCAGGAAAUUGGUUCUUGGUACUGAUGUAGGGGUUUUCUUGACGGAUCGCAAACCCAAGGAUUCCUCCUUCAAGCCGAAGAAGGUGCUCGACGUCAAGGCCGUCACCCAAAUCGACAUCCUGGAAAACUAUGGGCUCCUCCUGGUUCUGUCGGAGAAGACUUUGUUUACAUUCCCGAUCGAAGCCCUCGACCCGGACGACGGACAGUAUCCCGGGAACAAGCGGGGGAAGAAGAUCGGGCACGCCCAGUUCUUCAAAGCCGGCGUGUGCCAAGGCAGGCAUCUUGUCGCAACCGUCAAGACGUCCGCCCUGUCCACGGUUAUCAAGGUCCACGAACCAGCGGAGCAAGCCGGACGAUCAGCCCGACGAGGCGGGCUGGCUCGCAUGCUGGGCGGCAGCCAGGAAGUACUCAAACUAUGGAAGGAAUUCUACGUCCCCUCCGAAGCCACGUCCAUCCAUUUCUUGCGGUCCAAGCUCUGCGUCGGCUGCACCAAGGGCUUCGAGGUCCUCAGCUUGGAGACCAACGAGUCGCAGUCGCUGCUGGACCAGGCCGACACGUCGCUCGACUUCGUGCAGUCCAAGGAGAACAUCAAGCCGAUCCACAUCGAGCGCGUCGUGGGCGAGUUCCUGCUCUGCUACUCGGACUACUCGUUCUACGUCAACCGCAACGGAUGGCGGGCGCGCCCGGAAUAUCUCAUCAAGUGGGAGGGCACGCCGCAGUGGUUCGCCAUCUUCGCGCCAUACAUCCUGGCGUUCGAACCCAGCUUCAUCGAAAUGCGGCAUAUGGAGUCCGGUGUUCUGGUCCACAUUCUCACCGCGAAGAAUAUCCGGAUGCUCCAUUCCUCCACCCGAGAGAUCCUGUACGCGUACGAAGACGAGAUGGGCGAAGACGACGACCACAGCCCGUCGAACACGGAGCAGUUGGUCAAGCAGCAGCCCCCGCCGCAGGUCCCGCGUCAUCAUUCAUACCAGCAGCAAGUGGUCCCGGGGGUGAGAUAA